AUGAAUGCUGUUUUUAAAAAAAGCAACUAUGGUUAUCAAAUAGUGGUUCUCAAACUUCAACAUGCAUCAGAACUACAAGGAAAAAAAGAAGAGAAGCCAGAGCCCCAAAUUAAAAAAGAAGCAAAACCAGCUGUAUCUGAAAAAGUUCAAAUACACAAACAAGACAUAGUGAAACCAGAAAAGACUGUUUCUCAUGGUAAACCAGAAGAAAAACUUCUCAAGCAGGUAAAAGCUGUCACAAUAGAAAAAACAGCCAAGCCCAAGCCAGCAAAAAAAGCUGAACAUCAAGAAAGAGAACCUCCGUCUAUAAAAACAGACAAACCAAAACCAACUCCAAGAGCAACAUCAGAAGUCACAGAAUCAGGGAAGAAGAAAACUGAAAUAUCUGAAAAAGAAAGUAAAGUCUCAACAAGAAAAGAAAGUCUUCAGUUACACAAUGUGACAAAAGCAGAAAAAUCUGCAAGAGUAUCAAAAGAUGUUGAAGAUGUACCCGCUUCAAAGAAAGCUAAAGUAGAAGAAACUGAAGAGGUGUCUUCAACAAAGAAGCAGAAAAGUCCCAUCAGUUUCUUCCAGUGUGUCUACUUGGAUGGGUACAAUGGCUAUGGAUUUCAGUUUCCUUUCACUCCUGCACCCCGCCCUGGAGAGAGCUCUGGCCAAGCAAAUUCUCCGGGACAGAAGCAACAAGGACAGUAAACACACAGUAUGACCCUUACAAGUGCUUUAAGAUUUUUAAAAUGAGAUAUUUUGUCCACAAUGGUUCAGGCAAUUAAGAUUAUGCAACCCAGAGAGUUUCUGUGAAAACAUAUUGCUCUUUGGCCUGGUGUGGACAGAAAAGGUGGCCAAAUGGAUUGAGUGAUGAGCAGACAUGUUUAAGGGUCUAAGUCUCCAGAAUCUGUUAUGUGUGUUUGCUGUGGUGCUUGUAUUUAUCUUAUCUCCAAUCACUAUAAGGUUGUACACAAGCUAAUUCAAAGUUUACUUAAUAAUGGUGUCUUUAAAAUAAUUGACACAAUUACAAAAUGGAAUUCCUGGCUUCAGUUAGCUAUUAUUUUUUUAAUGACAACACAGACUGUGCUCUAAGUGUAAAAGAUGGGAAAGCUUAUAUAAAAGUGACUUUUUUGCAUCAUAUGGGUAUCUAAACUUAAUUUACCCAAUAAGUUGAUGCUUAAUGAUUUUAUUUUAUUUAUGUCUAUUUCUAUUUUAGUUGUGGCUUUGCUCUAAGAAUGGGUAGCAGUUGUACUACAGACUGCUAUUAAUUUCUUGUGAUACUCUUUUAGAGCUCAAAAUAUCUCUGAGCUUUAGACAUGGUAAGAUGGAGAAUAAAUGCUUGAUAAAUCUUUAAGAUAUGUCUUGAAUGAUAAUUAGGACAUUCAGUCCAGUGGAAAUACACCAUUCAGUUAGGCAGGUCUGGUGAAUCAUUUGUUUAAAAUAUUAGCAAAUGAGAUGUAGAAUUCUGAAAUUUCUCCAGACUGUGUCCUAAUAAAAAUGUCACCUGGGUGAAAUUUUAGAUCAAUCACUAAAUUUGGGUGACAGAUGUAAAGGUAUUUUCAUUUCACUUUAAUAUAUUCUUUCUGUGAAAUAAAAUGUUUUCUUUCUCAUAAUGGCAAAAUGUGAAUGCCAUUAAAGUUUAAGGAAUUCAUUUUAGCCUUAAAUGUCUUCAUGAGAUGUCUUACUUGUAUUUUAGGUAACUGGUCAUCAGUGCCAAUGACAUGGAUAACAAUUUUUAAUCUACACGACAGUGCUUCACUGGGAAUGACUGUUACGUUUUUGUCAUAUUCCUAGUAAUAUAAAUACUCGUGUUCUUUACCACAUUGUUUUUAUCAACUCUAAAAGUCAUGUCUCUGUGACUUUUAUCAUGUUUACAGUUGCGGCUGAACUUAUGACAAAUUAACUCAGGAAAUAAAUUGAGUUAUCCUUUCUAGCGUUGUAAUUAUCAUCAGCAAGGCCUGAGAAAGACAGAGCCAAUACUAGCCGAAUGAUUUAUUUUCAAGGAUUGCCACUAACUAUGGUUCUUUAGGACCAAGAUAUAAAACGGUUUCACUAAAAAUCAUUAGGCUAGGUAUCAGUAAUAUGUUCAUUACUAAUAAUGGAUAUUUGGCCUCCGCCAGAAGCUGGUGGACCUCAUUCACACCACGAAAGCCAGUGUUACAUGAACCAGAUCAAUGACUCUAUGGGGAAUGUGGGACAUCCUGGAAGUGCAUAAUUUCAGGAAAGACCAGGCAGUACCAUCUUGCAAAGCCCCUUCAGGUGACAAUCUAAACUUGUGGGUAGGAGAGUGGAUAAAGUUGAUUGCUCAACUGCUCCUCCAGCCUGCUCAAUUUACUGAGUAAAGAAAUAGCAAAUGCGAUAGAUGUUUUAGAUUUCAUAGAGCAGAAUGGUUUGCCCAUUCUUUCAUUCAAUGACUGUUUAUUGAAUACUUACUCUUUUAGGGCACUGUGUUAGGUGCUGGAUUGUAUAAGAAAAAUAUAAUAAAUUAUAUUCCCAGUGCUAUUCUGACAUAGUGAGUGACCUGAAAAAUUUACUAAACAUACUAUGUUUGUUUCUCCAUGAGUAAAAUAGGGAUAUAGCGACAAACAGUCUAAUAUCUCAUAGAAAUAUCAUGGAGACAAAUGAAAUAUUUUAAUAUAAAUAUGAUAUUAAAGUAAAUUUCUGAAGUAAUGCUUUUGAAUAUGGCACUAAUUUUUCCUCUGUUUUACUGUUUCCUUCACUCUCAAUAUAAAAACUAUUUGAUGAGAUAAAACAUGACAUAUUUUAUUGUAAUUAGAAUUUAGACAAAUCAGCUAUAAUGUAAACGAUGUUAAUACUAAUUACGUUUUAUCUGAUUAAAGUUACAAUGAUCAUAGCACUUUUAAAAUAUUAUCUAAACUGUCAUUUGUUUGUAUGUUACCAUCAAAUAAAAUAGUUAUAACUCUUUCAAGUUUGAUGCCUUGCAUUUUAAAAGGAAAAGAUAAAAGGUUGAUUAAGAA